CCCUAGAACAAGUUCGGCUGAUCCCAGGUGCUCAGCUGUCCAUUCUGUUCUACGGGCAAAACCAAGCUCUGCUACAGCAGACAAUAGUGAGGUUGAGAAGCUGAAACGUGAGAUCACUCUGCUUCGGGAGGAACUGUAUAUGAAAGUUGGUGAGCUAUCCAGUCUUAAAGAAGCUUCAAGUCGGAGCACAAGUUCUCGGCUGGAAUUGAUUCGUAAAUUGGAGGCGCAGUUAGCCGCGGAGAGGGAGGAGAACCGAAAAACCGUCUCUGCACUUAACAGUCAGUUGGCUUUCAGGGAGGCCGACUAUCAGUUAGUCGCAAAUGAACUGGCUCAAGUUAAAGAAGUCUUCUUAUCUUCUCAAGCUAAUCAGACAGAACAUAUGGAAGUCGCGACCGCCGCGUCGCCAGCUUCAGCGCUGCUCGCGUCGGUGAUUGACGACUACUCGAGCAAAGACGCCGAGUUCAAGACGCCGAGGCGCGUGGCCGCCUGUCGAAUGCCCACGUCUGUCUCCCCUGUGAUGAGUCGCGCCACCCCGAGCAAACGCCGUCGACUGUGGAACGACGAGAUCCCUUCCACCGCGACUUCGUCACCCUCGCGAACGGUCACCAGACAGGGGGUCAGGGUUAUCCCACUGAAGUUGCCCCCCACGCCCUUCGCACCGCCACAGGAGGGGGAGGAGGAGGAGGCGGCGGGGUCGGCGCAGGCGACUCCCUGCAAAAGGACGCAGGCUGUUGAUGAUGGUGAUGCUGUUCCGCAGAAAACACCCCCACGUUUGCGAUACCGAUUGCGCUCGGGAAAGACGGGAGACAGGACCGUAGACAACGUGGUUCUUGGACGAAUAGCUGGAGACUUGUCCCGCCUCUCGAUGAAUACUGGGAGUCUUUUGCGCUUUCCCGAGAUGCCCAUUCGUAACUUUGACGAGGGCGGUGAGGCAGACCCGGUUUCAGCUGAUCGCGAGUUCUUUGAAGGCCUCAGCAUACUGACUCUGACUGCUGUUGAAUGCGACGAUGCUGUCGGUCGCUUGGGGCAGAGCAUUCCUCUCCUACUGCCGCAGAUUCGAAACCGCUUGCGGGAGUACAUCAAGUUCUUCCUGCACUACCGAUUGGGCACUUUUGACCGGUCGUUCAGCCACUCCAGGCCAAACACGAGCUACCUGAGGCUGUCGGAAAGCAUGACCUCCGGCGGCAACUCGGCUAAUAACUCCUUCCUUGAGGGGGCGGCCGAGCUCGUGUUGAACGAGGAUCCUUUCGCUGGCGCGCCAGCCUCUCAGGUUGUGCCUGUCCCUUCAUUAUCAAUUGGAAAACCCAAAAUGGCGAAAGCAUCUUCGUCUCCGCCAACCGCAGAAGGCUUCGCCUCCGACCCAAACUCCUGGCUUGAGACGGCUGCGAACCACGCCAUCGACGGGACACUGGCUUGUCUGCGCCAGCUCUCUGUUCUCCUCAAUUACAGUCAGGACGAAGAUGUCGAUAUUGGCGGUUUGGCUUUGAUAGUCUGUGAAACGAUCAACGACUUUGCCAAAUUGCUUUCCACUGCUCCAACCCAAGAGGACAGGGAAUUGAAUGACAUACCUGCCCGGUGGAUGAGCCGCCUCGCAAAUGUGAUUCAAGUGACCCUCUUCGUCGCUUCUUCUGUGGCCUCUGAACUGGGGAAGCGGAGCGACGGAAAAAUGCCCGACGCGUCACAUUGGCCACCAUCCAUUCUGGGGGUCCUAUUACUGGCCCUGCACGCACUGAGCUCAGACUCGGCGGCGCGGCAUUCUCCGCUCUCACCAACACUGCGUCUUAUCACGCAUCUCAUCGAAGGAGGACAAUUGCCACUGCUGGAACACGCAUUCGUUCAGAGCUCCGCCUCCCACUGGUGGAACAUCGGCGACUUGGAGCCGCACAGCGUGGGGCUGGAGCUCUUGGCUCGACUCCAGGACCUCCAUGUGGCUCCUGCGCGAGAGCGGCACGAAGGCGCGUCCUUCAUGAGGUCUUGGAUGACGUCAACCAAUUCCCUCAAUUCUGAUUCACCUCAAGAUCGACUUGGCUGCCCCCUACUCCUGCUGUGUAAAAUCGUGAAGUCGGAAGGUGUUCAAACCAAUGAAUCGGAUAUCGAGAGAUGCUGCAGUCUGUUGGCUGAGUUUGCCAAGUUCACAUCUACGCUGGUAACUGACAGCCAAUCGACGCGGUCCACCUCCUGCGCUUGCACCCUGGAGAUGUACUCCACGCUGAUUGGCCUCGGUGUGAUCCCGGUCGACUGGCUUUUCCGCCAAUCAGAGAAGAGCUCUCGUCUGAAUGACGUUUGCCUCUCAGCUCUCGGUUGUCUGACUCAGGCUCUUCAAUCGCUCCUAUUGGCCCACGGUGAUAGGGACUUUCAGGCCUACACUGAUCGUGUUCCCGCAUUUUUCAGCAUUAUCUCGCGCCUUUCUCGGUGGUCUCGCUUGAAAACUGACACCGCGCACCUCAUUCACCCUCAGUUGGUGGAGGAACUCUAUGACUUUGAUAACCCGCAGGUGGUGGCUGGGCCUUCAACCACCAAUUAA